AGGCUCCGUCCCAACUCCCAACACCUUCAUCCAAACAAAGAAUCAACUACGAGUAAUUUUCGUCUAUGGAUCGCGAAGAAGCAGCUCCAGAUGCGAUUAAGGUACUGAUAUCUGAAUUUUCAGUUAGGGCAGUUGGGCAAUGACUAAUCACGAGGGAUAUUAAACUCACAAUGGGUAGCAAUGGAAUUGAAAAAAACAAGUGAAGAGAAGAUAUGGUUAGCCUAAAGACAUACUCAGGCCUGCCCUACCUAAUUCCCAGCAAACAGAAAGACAACAUAAGUGAAAACAUGUGGCAUUUUGACAAACAUUUAACAUACAAUGCUGGAACUGGAGACACACCACUUAUUCUGCUGGCUUGCUUCACGCACAACACACAUUUCUUUUUUGUUGUCUUUAACAGUGGCAUCCGGUAUGAACAGCACUGCAGUCACGCGUAAUGCCACUAUUAUUGCCGCACAAACAUUUAUUUCCCUUCAGUGUGGCAUUCAUGAAUGCUGGGGUCUUAGGAAUCCCACCUUGAAGGUUAUUAUAGGACAAAUCAACUUCCACCAAACUGUCAAGUUUUUGAAAGGAAGACGGGAUUCUUCCGCAGAGAUAAUUAUGACUGAGAUCAAGUGUUGACAGAUGCGAUAGCUUACUUAGCUCAGAUGGCAAACGGCUGCUGAAGUUGUUGUGGCUCAAGUUCAAUGAGAACAUACGCUGGAAGCCUCCCAUAAACGGCGCUAUUGGUCCAGAAAAGCGAUUCUUGGACAAGUCAAGAACAUUUUAAGACUUGAGAGAGCCCAGUUCUUGAGGAAGUUUGCCAGAAAGAUUGUUAUCUUGUAAGUGUAGAUAGAGUAGAGAAGACAGAUAUCCGAGUGCUGCAGGGAUCUCCCCCCUCAAGUGAUUUGAUGAUAGAUUGAGCUUUCCUAGUGUUGGGAAAAUCACCUCAAUUUUCUAGCGGAAGCAAUUAAUAAUUUUCCCGUCUUUGUGUUGUCAAAAUGGGCAAAAUCAUAUGACCGAUCAAGAAUAGUAAACACCAAGAAUAGUAAACACGACAACAAGCAACCAAUCAAGCGAUAAACGAACACCAAGAUUUAACGUGGAAACCCCAAAUCGGGGAAAAAACCACGAACUCUUCCACUAAUCACCAAGAAAAAUCAGUGGGUACACCAAGAAUCCUCUCUAAAUCAAUUAGAGGUAUACACAAUCAUCAAGCAACAACUUGGAACACCAAACAACAAUAAUCUUCACUCAAAAGUGAGAAAACCCUACAAAAACGCAGCAGAGGAACAGAGGCAGUUUUACCGACAUCGAGAGGUCAAAACAACAAUCCCACCGUUGGAUAUGAAGAAGAGGAUGUGAGGAACAACAUACUAAAAUUUCAUCCCGAUCGGAGCUCGUUUGGUCGUCGAUCGGAGCACAAAAGCAGACUGCACCUCUCUUUUUCUCCCUUCUUCCUUCUCUCGGUUUUACUCUAUUUUUCCUCUCUGUUUUUCUGCUGUGCGGCUGCCCCUCUUCUGCCCGUGAGUUUUUAGCCUCAAAAAAGGCUACUGCCAUUU